AGGAAAUGACGAAGGCAGAGGUCGUCCGGGUGCGCUCGGUAACCGGUUCCCGUGCGUCCAACGCCGACGAGGGGGGAAAGAGCCCCCGAGCGGAGCAGCGUUGGCCGCUGGCCGCCUCCGGAGCGAGCAGCCCCGAUGGCUGGAGGUUACGGAGUGAUGGGUGAUGAUGGUUCCAUUGAUUAUACAGUUCACGAGGCCUGGAAUGAAGCCACCAAUGUUUACUUAAUAGUGAUCCUUGUCAGCUUUGGUCUCUUCAUGUAUGCCAAGAGGAAUAAAAGAAAAAUUAUGAGGAUAUUCAGUGUGCCACCUACUGCAGAAACUUUGUCAGAACCCAAUUUUUAUGAUACUAUAAGCAAAAUUCGUUUGAGACAGCAACUGGAAAUGUAUUCCAUUUCAAGGAAGUAUGACUAUCAGCAGCCACAAAGUCAAGCUGACAGUGUGCAGCUCUCAUUGGAAUGA